UCGAAUAACCUGAGUACGCACGCAGCGCAUCUCUCCGUCUCUCUCCUCGGCCCGCUUCAGUUUCUUGUACCUCUGCCACCACCGGGGGUUCCGCCGGAACGCUCGCUGAAUGAGGAGCGCCAUGGCCCGCGUGGUGGUUGAAGGGAUGCCGGAGACGGCCGUCAGAGGAGGAGUUAUGCUGAACAGACGGAGGAGCAAAGCCAGGCGGAGAAAACGAAAGGAGCUGUUUGCUUUCCAGAUGUGCUUUGCGGUGAUACUGCUGGGGCUCGUUCUAGGGCUCCAGUCUGUGGACCAGAAAACAGGUUAUCAUGUUUCCAGCUCCACGGUUGAGGAGGGGGCACGGUGGGAAAGUCGUAACCUUCUGCAAGAAGUCUAUGACGAGUCUUUGAUCUACUCUGAGCCUGAAAAAAACUGCACUGAACCAGCAAUCCAUGAGUUCCCAAGAGAUUACUUCACCAACCAGGAGCGCAUUGAAGGAGCUGUGGGCCUGCAUGUCCUCUGUACAGUCUACAUGUUCUAUGCCCUGGCAUUGGUGUGCGACGACUAUUUUGUCCCCUCACUCGAGAAGAUAUGUGAGCGUCUUCAUCUGAGUGAAGAUGUUGCUGGAGCAACCUUCAUGGCAGCAGGCAGUUCAGCUCCUGAACUUUUCACCUCUGUCAUUGGAGUUUUCAUCACUAAAGGUGACGUUGGGGUCGGCACCAUCGUGGGCUCAGCUGUCUUCAAUAUUCUCUGCAUUAUUGGAGUGUGUGGGAUAUUCGCCGUACAGGCAAUACGCCUCUCCUGCUGGCCUCUGCUCAGAGACUCUGUUUACUACACCUUGUCUAUCUCUGCUCUUAUAGUGUUCAUAUAUGAUGAAAAAGUGGUUUGGUGGGAAGCGCUCACAUUGAUUCUGAUGUAUUUCGUCUACAUUUUGAUCAUGAAGUUGAACUCCCAUGUUGUUCGUUUUCUGGAGAGGCGGAAGAAGAACUUGUCCACUUUGAGGAAUGGAGCAACCAAUAAUGCUGAAGUAGAUGAUGGUUGUGAUGCUACCACUGUUCUGCUGAAGAAAGCGAACCACCACAGGAAGCCGUCGGUGCUGAUGGUGGACGAGUUGCUGUCAGCAUACCCCCACCAGCUGUCCUUCUCAGAGGCCGGCAUGAGGAUCAUGAUCACCAGCCACUUCUCCCCCAGAACCCGCCUCACCAUGGCCUCACGAAUGCUCAUCACCGAGAGGCAGCGUCUAAUCAACACACGGACUUUGACCAACGGAGACUCAGAUGUUCCAGCCAAAGGGGGAAGUAGACGGGGCAUUGAAAAUGGGCUUUCCGGGUCUGAGAGAGGUGUCGGCAUUCGCCAUGACGACCGAGAGACGGGCAACGAGACAGAGAAUGAGGACAAUGAGAACAAUGAGAACGAUGAAGAGGAAGAGGAAGAGGAUGGCGAGGGUCCCUUUGUACCCUUCCAGUGCCCAGCCGGUGUGUGUAACAAGCUGAAGUGGCUGCUGGCCUGGCCUCUUUGCCUGCUGCUGUACUUCACCGUCCCCAACUGCUCCACACCUCGCUGGGACAACUGGUUCAUGCUGUCCUUUGUCGCCUCCACCCUGUGGAUCGCCGCCUUCUCCUACAUCAUGGUUUGGAUGGUAACUGUGAUAGGUUUCACUCUCGGUAUCCCAGAUGUCAUCAUGGGCAUCACCUUCCUGGCAGCCGGUACCAGUGUCCCAGACUGCAUGGCAAGCCUCAUAGUGGCACGACAAGGAAUGGGAGACAUGGCGGUGUCCAACUCCAUCGGCAGUAAUGUGUUUGACAUCUUGGUGGGGCUGGGUCUCCCCUGGGCCCUGAAGACCCUGGCCAUCAACUACGGCUCUGAUAUCAAACUCAACAGCAAAGGACUGAUCUUCUCUGUGGGGCUGCUGCUGGCGUCAGUGUUUCUGACUGUCCUGGGAGUUCACCUAAACAAGUGGACACUGGACAAGCGUCUGGGUCUCAUCUGUCUCCUCCUCUAUUCCGUCUUCCUGUGUUUCUCCUGCCUCAUCGAGUACAACAUCUUCACCUUUGUGAACCUGCCAACCUGCCGGGAUGACUGAGACUGACACACACACACACACACACACACACACACACACACACACACACACACACACAGAUUUACACAUUCAUACUAGAAGUGGUGUUUACGAGGAAUUCCACAUGAAGUGAAAUAUUAAAUGGAUGGUGGUGUCAGAUGAUGGCAUGACAACCAGGAAAUUUAAUUCCAAAUUCAGGGCAGCAAGAAGCAAGAAUCAUUUGUAAAUAACAUUUGUAUGGGAUCCCCCCCGGCACAAUGUGGAGCUGCUCUUGUGUUUGCUCACAAACAGAGUUUUGGAGCGAUUUCGCGAUUUCAGAGCAGAGAAGGAAAUGACUUUACAAGCCCUCGCACAGCACAGCACUGGGGGGGGGGGGGUGUAUUUGUGUAAUGACUGCUUGAAACUCCCUGUAUUUAAGUGUGAAACUUGUGAUGUUUACUAGCUGCUAUUCUUUCCUGAGAGGAAAGGUGGAUCUCUUACAUCUACUAGUUGAGAGUAGUAAUGAUAAAAGCAAUGAUGUAAAUGGAUGGGAGGGUGUAGUUGAGUAUGCCCCCCCACACACACACGCAUGCAUGCACACACACAGACACACACAAAGAGCCAGAGAAUUAUCCAGUCCCUUUUUUAUGAACUUACUUACAUAGCAUCACAGCUGUAGCUUCUGUGUUUUGUACUGGAAAUAAAUUAGCUUUAUGUUAGCUUUAUGGAGAGUCCUCCAGUAAAUAGCAUACAGUACCUCUGUAAAUACCCCCAGAUGUCAUUUUUAUUAUUUAUUCCUGACAUACGUACAUUUCUCCUCCGGAGGUCUCAAAACGCCUGGGCAGGUUUUAUUUAUGGACACAGGGUUGCUGAAAUCCACACCUAAGAUCUGUUCAGAUGACCACUCAUGUACAGAAAAGCACAAUGUCCUCUGAAAGUCGACUUUAUUAAUGACUUCAUUUAGUUAUGUAAUGUGUGUGGAUUUUAAAAACAGAAUUCAAACUUGCACUGACGGGAGACUGUAACUGUUCCUCCUCCUAACGCAUGCUGAUUAUAAGGAUGGCAUCCUUGUAAAAUGAAGCAGCUUUGUAUGAAAAUAUCAAGGUUUUAAAGACGCAGUGGUUGUGUUUUUGCAGAUUUCUGUGGUGAGAUGGACUGCUGCUUUUCUCUUCUCAAAGACACUGACCAAAUAGACUCAAAGCAGUGUGGCAUUAUUUGAACAACAUCGAGUUGGAUGAGGUCCAGUAUUUGCUCUGUGGUGGAUGGAUGUCCUACUUCACCCCCUGUGGUCCCAAAGAGGAGGGGAGGUGUUUCAGUGGCGGUGUCGUAGGGUAAAGAUGCAAUAUAAAGUGUCCCAGCUCUAAUACUUAAAGUUGGGAUAUCAACAUUAUUUUGAUCAAGGAGUUCUUUGAUUUUGUAAUGCCUAAUAUCUAGAUUUGUCCAUAUAUGGUAGGUUUGUGGUACAUAAAUAUUCCUACUAGUUUUUAGAGCAUGUGUAGUGUGGAUUGUGAACCCUACAGGUGAUUUUUCUUUCACUGCAGAGGCGAGGCACGCCAGCAAAGCUACACUCUUCCUCAGAGACUUCUACCACUGCAACAGUGAACACUCAUUUGUCAGAGCCUGUUGAUUCUCACACAGUAUCCAUCACAAUGUCACAGAGGUCCCAGUCUUUUUUUUUUCUCAUUGAGGGAAGACAUGUCUGAUUAGUUUCAGGUGAAUUUUAAUUUAUUGAUCAGUAAUAUCAGAUCUGGGAAAUGUUACGACUGAAUGUUUUCUGUUUAUAUAUCAUGUAUACCUUUCGUUCAGACAAACAGGGUGAGUACUUUGUUGACCAUUGUUUGUUGUAUGACCAGAAAACAGGGUUUAAAUGUGUUUGAAAUCUAAUGUAAUGCAAUAACUAUGAGCUUACAAAUGUGUAAACUGACAAGACAAAUGUAUAAUAGUUUAAAAGCUGUAUUCAAAUUGUAAAUGCUGUCUCAACAUGUGACACUGUAACAGCUUUAUGAAAUAUUUCUAGACUAUAGACACAAUCAAAACAGGACUGUUAUGAACAUAAAGAGCCCAACAACUCUUAACAUCAUCAUGGCUGUUCCACUACACAGCUUUCUCAAAUUACUGCUGAACUGAGUGAGAAGAAAUGAUUGUCUUAUCAGAGGCAUGUUAUAUCAGGGUAGAAAUGUUACUGCACCUCAGUGACCAAAGACACAUCUUUUAAAGAUUCAUUCAGUAGGCACCAUCAUUGCUUUUAAAGGUUUCCUGAAACAACUUUGUGCUUUCUAGGGAAAAUAGAGAGAACAUUCAGAGACAGUAUGUGACGUACAUUGUUGGUUGUUGAGUUGCUGAUUCCCAGAGGAAUUUGUAUGGAAGCCCAUUUCCAUCAGAAAAAGAGAAAAAAAAAUCAUGAAAAGUCAAAAUUAUGAGACAUAAGUAGGUCAACAUUAUGAAGUAGAAAGUCAAAAUGAUGAACACCUACGUCAACGUUUUGACUUCCAAGUCACAAUUAUGAGAAUGUAAGAAUGUUUUUUUUAAAACUUUAUGUCAGUAUUUUUACUUACAUUUUUUAAAUCAUAUUUCUGAAUUAUAUUUCUGAAUAUCUCAUCAUUGAGCUUUACAAUCUCAUGAUCUGGUUGGAGUAAAAGCAAUUUUAUUGUGGCAUUAAAUAAACUAGAUUUGAUUUUUAUACUUGCCAUAUAAUAAUUUUGACUUAGUGUCUGAAAAUCUUGAAUGAUCAUGAAUUAUUUCAUAUUUGCUAAUUCUUAACUUUUCCUUCUUUUUCUGGCAGAAAUGAGCUUUCAUGAAUUCUUUGAAAGAAUUGAUUAUUUGUUAAUGGAGAAUCUGACAGAGACCCAUUAAACCACAGUAAAUAUUUCUUUAGAACUGGAAACUUGGUUCAUCAUGUACAUUAAUUGUGUGUUCGGCCGUAGACAAUUAUACAAUUUUUGUCUAUUCAUCUUAACCGUGCUGUGCACUGACUUAAAUACUUGUUAGCUAUCUUUAACUGGAAGUGUACCACCUGACCACUAUCUCUGUUGGAAUUCUAAGAUGUUGUUAGGAAGCCAGGGAACCAAUGAAAUAAAGUGUCAACUAAUUAUGUUUUAUCUCUCCCAACCCUGAAAGGCUGAUGACUGUUGGUACACAAAGUUAAGUUUCAAAAUAUCAACAGUUGGUGAUUUUAUUAUAAUUCUAAAAAUCUGUGUAUUGUAGCAUUCCUGGCUCAAACCAGUAUCUGUCACUAGCCACAAGGCAUAUAUCAUCCUGUAAUGUUUUCAAGUAUUAUCGGUGUCUUUAUAACCCAGGGCAUUUCUUCAGUUUACCGUAUGUAUUAGAAAAUAUUUGUAUCGUCUAUGUACAACUGAUUCUACAGACUAUAUGGUUCAAUGCAUUCUGUGCUGCUAUUCACUGCACCUAAACAUAGGCUACCAUGUCUUUCAAACUAACCAAACUACCACAAAGAUGCUCACAUUUUGAAAAGAGCUGUCUUGUAGAGAAGAUUUCUAAAUAAUUUGUGAUAUUCACAUUGGUGAUAUUGCUGAUGUACAUUUGUAUAUAGAUAGGUGUAAAUGUAUUUAUAUAUUUUUUGUCUCAAUCUGUAUAUCUGUUGAAUAUAUUUUCAUAGAUCCUAGGUCUCCCUUGUACUCCUCUUUGUUUUGAUGCAUUUGGGACCUUUGAAGCUGUUGUCCUUUGUUUACUCGCAUGGAGAUAUUGCAAUAUAAUAAAUUAUUCAUUGUAAAUCUUAAUGUACUUUGGGAUGAGAGUCCAAUGAGUUUUAGAUGGCACUGGAUUUAGUCUGAACUGGACGUUCUAGAUGACUGCAUGUUUGUUGCUAGUAUAGGACAUAAGAGAUGGAGAGAGAGUGUUUGCAGAAGAUACAUUUCUCUACAUAUCCAAGCUUUACCUCUUCUGCACAAGAAACUUUUCAGCAGAAUGGUUUACUUUGUGUUUAGAUGUUUCAAAUGUAAUUUUAGAAAUCAAUUUGCU